AUGUACAACCCCAUGGCUCAGCUGCGCUGCUAUGACCUACGCAGAGGGCAAGUUCUAGCCAAUGCGGCGCUUUUUAUGUCUGAUCUCCGCCUAGGAAGGUACGCAGGGCUGAGUUUACGCGCAGUUCGCCCACGUGUGGGCUCUUUCUGUGGCGUGGCAGGGCAUUUGCAGCCGCCGGAGUUUGCCUUCGACCCCAAUGUGGGCAGCUUGCUGAUCCGUGCCCUGCCGAAGGCUGUGAGUGUUUGGGAGAUCAUCGAGGUAAUCCAGGACUGCUCGGGUUUUUGCACCGCCUCGUGGUCCUGGAAAAACUCGGAAAGGAGGAUCCACGCAAGGUUCAGCACCUGUCGCGAGGCGCGCGCGGCGGCGGACGAGCUCAUCGCGGGUGCCGCUUCUCAGCGGCUGCUGCGGGAGAAGGAUGGCCAGAUCACCGGGGUGGCGGAGCUCUGCCGUCCCGAGCAGACUGAAGCUCUGAUCGUGCUGCCCCCUGAGAUGUCCACGCCGGAGCGGGUGCAAAAGGAUCAAGCCUUAUCGGCAGAG